CUGUGGCCUGCUUGGGUUUAUUGCACUCGUUACUCAGACAGGCCAUCAUCAGCAUCAGCAACAAUCAGCCUUGCAAACAACAACAACAACAACGACAAGAGACCGAGAACAGCCUUCAACCAGGAUCAGUUGGCCAUCUUGAAGAAAGAAUUUGCGUCGAAUCAGUACCUGACUGAAGAACGAAGGUUCGACCUCUCUGCCAGGCUGGGCCUCAAUGAAUCGCAGAUUAAAAUUUGGUUUCAAAACAAACGAGCCAAACUUAAGAAAUCGUCAGGGGUUGAAAAUCCGCUCGCACUCGAGCUGAAGGCCCAAGGACUCUACAACCACUCAACUGUCAAGCAUCAACAACAA